UCCCUAUGGAGGCGCCGCUCGCCGGCGAGGCCGCCGACCAUGCCUAGGAGAGCCGGGAGCGGGCAGCUGCCGCUACCCCGGGGCUGGGAGGAGGCCAGGGACUACGACGGCAAGGUCUUCUACAUCGAUCACAACACCAGGAGGACCAGCUGGAUCGACCCCGGGACAGGUUAACGAAGCCCUUGUCCUUCGCUGAUUGUGUCGGGGAUGAGCUGCCAUGGGGAUGGGAAGCAGGGUUUGACCCCCAGAUUGGUGCCUACUACAUCGAUCACAUCAACAAAACCACACAGAUUGAAGAUCCGAGAAAGCAGUGGCGGGGUGAGCAGGAGAGGAUGCUCAAGGACUAUCUCUCCGUGGCCCAGGACGCACUCAGGACACAGAAGGAGCUGUACCACGUGAAGGAACAGAGGCUGGCCCUGGCCCUCGAUGAGUAUGUCCGCUUAAAUGACGCCUACAAGGAAAAGUCAAGUUCUCGCACAAGCCUCUUCUCAGGGUCUUCGUCUAGCACUAAAUAUGAUCCUGAUAUUUUAAAAGCUGAGAUCUCCACCACGCGAUUAAGGGUUAAAAAGCUGAAGAGAGAACUCUCCCAGAUGAAGCAAGAACUUCUCUAUAAAGAGCAAGGCUUUGAAACAUUGCAACAAAUUGAUGAAAAGAUGUCUGGAGGCCAGAGUGGGUAUGAACUCAGUGAAGCCAAAGCCAUCCUGACGGAACUGAAGUCCAUCAGAAAAGCCAUCAGCUCAGGAGAAAAAGAAAAGCAAGAUCUGAUGCAAAGCCUUGCGAAGCUUCAGGAGCGCUUUCAUUUGGAUCAGAACAUGGACAGUUCCGAGCCAGACCUGAGAUCUAGUCCCGGCAACUCGCACCUCUCCCUGUCCAGACAGACCCUUGAUGCUGGGUCCCAGACCAGCAUUUCUGGAGAUAUUGGGGUACGGAGCAGAUCACAUUUAGCUGAAAAGGUCAGGCUGAGUCUCCAGUAUGAAGAUGCCAAGAGAAGCAUGGCUAACUUGAAAAUUGAACUGUCAAAGUUGGACAGCGAGGCCUGGCCCGGGGCCCUGGACAUCGAGAAGGAGAAGCUGAUGCUGAUUAAUGAAAAGGAAGAGCUCCUGAAAGAGCUGCAGUUCAUCACCCCGCAGAGACGCACGCAGGACGAGCUGGAACGUCUGGAAGCCGAGCGCCAGCGGCUGGAGGAGGAGCUGACGUCCACGCGGGGCGUGCCGAGCAGGGCUCUGGCCGAGAGAUUGAAAUUAGAAGAGAAAAGAAAAGAGCUGCUACAGAAACUUGAAGAAACUACUAAAUUAACUACUUAUUUGUAUUCACAACUGAAAAGCCUCUCCUCCAGCACCCUGUCCAUGUCCUCGGGGAGCAGUCUGGGGUCGCUGACGUCCAGUCGGGGCUCUCUGAACACCUCCAGCCGAGGAUCCCUCAACUCGCUCGGUUCCAGUGAACUCUACUACAGCGGCCAGGGCGAGCAGAUGGACGCAGAUUACCAGUACAAACUGGACUUCCUUCUUCAAGAGAAGGGUGGCUACAUGCCUUCGGGACCCAUCACCACCAUCCACGAGAAUGAGGUGGCCAAGUCUCCCAGCCAGCCUGGGCAGAGUGGACUCUGUGGGGUGGCAGUCGCCGCCACCAGCCACACUCCCCCGCUGACCGAGGCCUCCAAGUCAGUGACGUCCCUUUCCUCCAGGUCCUCGCUUUCAUCCUUGUCCCCUCCCGGCUCCCCCCUGGUCUUGGACAGCACAUUUCCGGUGUCUUCUCAUGACGCCACUCUGCACCAGUUCACUGUGGACUUCGAGGACUGUGGACUAAGUAGCCGCUUUGCUGACAUUGGCCUUGGGGAAAAUCAGGUCUUGCUGGAUUCGGAUUCAGGAGCGUCCCAGUCUCUCUUAGAGGAUAAGGGCCUUGAUGACUGCACGGGAGAGCUGCUGUAUGAAGGGACAACAGAUGUGGAAAAGUCAUUACCCAAGAGAGGAGGGAUCCAUCUGUGUGGAGACAAAACUGCUUGUGUGUCAGCCGCCGCCUCUGAUGAGUCCGUGGCUGGAGACAGUGGGGUCUACGAAGCUUCCAUGAAACAGCCUGGUGAAAUGGAGGACCCGCCCUAUCACGAAGAGGAUGUCGCCAUUGUGGAGACCGCCCAGGUGCAGAUAGGACUCAGAUACGAGACCAAAAGUACCAGCUUCGUGGUGAUUAUAGCACAACUCCGGAAUCUUCAUGCCUUCUUGAUACCUCAUUCUUCAAAAGUGUAUUUUAGGGUUGCUGUGCUUCCCUCCUCGGCAGACGUGAGCUGUCUAUUUCGAACAAAAGUCCACCCACCCACGGAAUCUGUGCUCUACAACGAUGUGUUCAGGGUGGUCAUUUCUCAGGCAGCCCUGCAGCAGAAGACCCUCCGAGUGGACCUUUGCUCCGUCGGUAAACACCGCAGAGAAGAAUGCCUGGCUGGGACUCAGAUCAGCCUGGCAGAUUUACCAUUUUCCAACGAGAUUUUCAUGCUGUGGUAUAAUUUACUUCCUUCCAAGCAAAUGCCUUGCAAAAACAAAGAAGAAGAAGAAGAAACCGAGGCCCCUGCAGUUCAGUCAGCCGAGCGGGACCUGGAGUCUAUAGACUUGGAUGCCGUGUCCGCCUUACUUGCAAGAACUUCAGCGGAGCUACUGGCCGUGGAACAAGAGCUGGCCCAGGAGGAGGAGGAGGAGGAAGAGGAGCUGAGGCCCGAAGAACAGCGGGGUCCAGGGGGAGAUUGCUUAACAAUGCUAAGAGAGGCCUCUGAUGAACCUGUGGCUGCUAAAGAGGUUGAAGGUCACGUGGCGGAGAGCGGCCGCUGCACUGGAAACCCGAGUUCAUGCACACGUAGACCUGAUACGAGUGAAGACGAUCGUGCUGGAGACCCUGGUCGGCCACCAACUGGAAUUCCCACCCUGGUCGAUAAGGAGACGAACACCGAUGAAGCCGUGGAUGGCAACCUGGCAGUUCGCCCCAAAGACCGCAGCAGCCUGGGCUCCCGACAGCACCCCUUCGUGAGAAACAGCAUGAUAGUGCGCUCACAAACCUUCUCCCCCGGCGAGCGGAGCCAGUACAUCUGCAGGUUAAACCGGAGCGACAGCGACAGUUCAACCCUGGCCAAAAAAUCAUUGUUUGUGAGGAACUCCACGGAGCGGCGCAGUUUGCGGGUGAAAAGGGCCGUCUGCCAACCCACCCUCAGGAGGACUGCUCAGGAAUGCCCGGUGCGCACGUCUCUAGACCUGGAGCUGGACCUGCAGGCCUCGCUGACCCGCCAGAGUCGCCUGAACGAUGAGCUGCAGGCCCUGAGGGACUUACGGCAGAAGCUGGAGGAGCUGAAGGCUCAGGGGGAGACCGACCUUCCCCUGGGUGUGCUGGAGGACGAGAGAUUCCAGAAGCUUCUGAAGCAAGCAGAGAAGCAGGCUGAGCAGACAAAGGAGGAGCAGAAGCAAGACCUGAACGCCGAGAAGCUGAUGAGGCAGGUCUCCAAGGACGUGUGCCGGCUGCGGGAGCAGAGCCGGCAGGUGCCCCGGCAGGUGCAAUCCUUCAGGGAGAAGAUUGCCUACUUCACACGAGCGAAGAUCAGCAUCCCAUCCCUGCCCGCUGACGACGUGUGACCUCGUGCGACCUCGCGGCUUAACAAGACUUCUCACCUGCCCACUGUCCGAGGGAGGGUCCAAGACUGAACCUUUAUACUGUUUUGUUGUUUUCUAUUUUUUUGUCGGGGGGGCGGGGCUUUUGUUUCCUGUAACACAAUGUCAACUCUUGAAGAACUUUGAUUUCACACCGAUUUCAUCAGGUUAAUUUGUAAAGUACUUUGAAUGUAACUCUUACAUGCUUUGGGAAGGACAGACCAUUCACAGAAGGAAUGAAAACGGGGCGAUCUGGUCCACACGGGUUGUGCAGCAGCGGGUAUGUGUUACCCCUGGGUUCCACUGUGCAGAGCGGAACAGAGGCGGCCGGUGCCCGGGCUCGGCCUGCUGAGCCAACUGCAGGAGGCAGCCGUCCAGGAGCCGUGACCCUGGCACCCCAUCACACUCCUGAGCUAGAGAGCCGCACUUCCCAUCGAAAGUGCAUGCAAGCAAGCACCCAUUGCUCUGAGUCCACCCGAAACAGGUGCCCUGUUCCUCCCGUCGGCUGUGUCCGGCCACCUUGUUUCUGCUCUCCUAAACUUGUCUAAAGAAAGCCAAAGUAUGAAGUGCUGAGUACAAGAAUAUGAAAAACAAAGGUAUAUUCCUACUGUAGAGAGAAAAGGAGGGGCCCCCAGCUCCCAAAAAGCACACUCAGGAACCUCACCUCCUCCUUGGGUGGCUGCAGGGUUUUGUCCGUUUCUGGCCACACCGGGUUUUGUCGUAGGGAUAAAGACAAAGCCAGGGAGAAGCACGUGGUGGCCCUGGGCUCUGAUGGCAGUGCAGAGGGGACACUCAUAGGUAAGGACCCAAACGGGAGUGCCUGAGGUGCAAAGGGGACACGCCCGUAUUCACUAGGUGAGAGCGGAGGUCAGGGUGCACCCUCAUGAGAUCAAACUUACUAGAUAGACCUUAUCUAUCAGCUGCCAUCUUGAGGGGACUCUGUCAGUGUCACAGUCAGAAGCAGAAGCAAAGGGUGGGCCUGAGGGGACUCGCAGCGUGGACUGCAUCAUUUACAAAGACAUUUUCUGGGGAAACAAGCUUGAGAUAGAAACUGGUCAAAGUGCCCUGUUCUCCGGGUUAGGUUUUAACUCACCAGACCCGGGCACUUCUUUAAAAGAGAGAAAGAAAGGAUCAGCAUAGCUUUGCCAGCAUAAAAGUGUUAAAAUACAUAGUUUUUAGGUAAUUUAAACCAUACUUAGUCUGUCAUACUGGAAGAAGCCGUGUUUUGGUGAGCCGUCUUAUAUAGCAAGCUAAAUUAUUUUUAUUUUUUAAUGCAAAAUAAUUUUAUAGGAAUUUAAAAAAAAAGAAAGUUAGGCAAGAAAAAGAUCUGUUUGUUUAAAAAAAAGAGUUAUGUUCUGCUGGAAUCCUCAUUAGUAAGAAUUUUUAUCUUCCUGAAUCUAUGCAUAUUUUAGAAAGUUCAUUCUAUCAGAAUCAAAAUUUACACUUAGCCAGAACGUCAGUUUUCAAGUUACUGCACCCUAACACUUCAACCGGUUUCCCCCCUAAAUGUUCCACAGCUUAUACCCAAGUUCUUAGAAGAUGUAACUGGACCUGGCACUACUUGGAACAAAAAACAGCCUCGUGGCAGACUGAGCCCAGUCUUCCAGACUGCCCGGUCUGCCCUGUGGGUGACUGGAGGAAGCUGGAGUGCCAUCCAUCCUUGUCAAGGUCAAAUGUGAACAGCAGGGUUUUAUUUAAUAUAGCGCUCAAUAAAGGUCAGCUGUCUUCAGCAUCGUAGUGUGACCCAUACAAAUGUUCAUAGAGUUUUGUGUAGUUGUACCGUACAAUUUUAUUUUCAUUUAUUUAUUUACGGUCUUAUUUAUGUUCUGUUUAAUAUAUAGUUUGGUUCUGGCCAUUUUAAAUGUUGGGCUUACAAGAGGCUAUAUUGGAGUAUUUACAGCUUUAUGAUCUUCAUCAGAUUUAUUGCUAACUUUUUGUAAUACAAAAAGUCUCAGAUGAGUAUUAAAGAAUAAAGUGUGUCUCAGGCUGGUAGUUCACAGUUGUGACUGGGGGACUUUGAUUUUAUUUUUACAAAACAUGUUCAUUUCGAACAUGAGAGAGACUCGUUCUAGUUGAAGCCUUUGCCCACACUCUAAAAGUCAGCAAUAGUGGUAUGUACUAACAUUACAGGCAGCUUUCUGUAGGCUCUCACAUUUGUAUUAACCCAUGACUCCAAAAGCAUCUUACUAACUCCAUCAUAAAACCAUAUGGACACAUACAAAUUUUAACAUUAUUAAAAUAUUUUUAAAGGUAGAAUUUAUUCUGCACAGGAUAAAAAGGAUUUACUAUUUAGCUCUCACAUUUGGAUUAUCAGUAUAUUAUUACAGUUUUAUAGAUCAGACUCCCAAGUGUUACAGGCACAAGAAGGGUAUUACUUGCCAAAUGAACAAAGUUUAACUGAGUCUACGUAGCAUACAAAUUCAGUACAUUUAAAAUGUUUUGCUAUGAAUUUAUGUUAUAUUAAAUAUGAUCAUCUCAGGACUGAACUAAAUAUUUCAUCAGGUUAAAUUCUGAAUAUGUUUCUGUUUUCACUUGUGCUGUUUGUAAAAGUGUGCAAAUCCAUCACACAGAUGACCUUGCACGGUGGCACUUUCCCUGUGUUUCUGGAUGGAAAAUAAGUUCGAUGAUUUUUUUUUUAAAACAAAGAGACCUAUUUCCUAAUACUGUAUUUUAAUGUUUCUUAUUGUUCGGUUAAUUUCCCUGAUUGGCACAAAUACAAGAAUCUACUUGAACCAUGUACCAAGCAAAUAUAAAA